AUCUGCCAGUAUGCCCGAUGCCCAUGUCACUCACAUGGCAAUUUGAUGAAGUCUAAUGGCUCGUGUGUGUGUGUGUCUGUGUUGGGAUCAACAUUUCCCAUCUGCCUUGGGCAUGCCGGGGCCUACGUGUACUUGCAGCACUGACCUGGGAAGUCGGUCUCUGUGCGUUUUAUGUAAUGCCGAGAAGAGAUGCAUGCUGCAUUAUCCCUAUGUGUAUCCCGUCCUUGGAUCAUCUUGCAUCGAGGUACUGUCCACUUGUUUGGAAUAACCAGGUCAGGUGAGACUGAACUGCUUCUAACUACGUGGAUUUGGCCGACUCUCCCAAGCCGAACAACCCCAUGUUCCCGGGUGUCGU